AAGAGAAGAGGACGCUAGUUAAGACUGGCAACAAUAAUUCUCUCAUUUAUCUGUUUCUGUUUUCUAGUGAAAACUUUUAGACAAGUUAUGGAGUCCAAAACCAUUGAAAUGGCGGCUCUAGGAAGGGCUCUGCAUCCUGGCACCCUGUACGACUGCCGCAGUGAUUCCUUAAUUCCAGGUAUUUCUCUAUGGGAUAAUGAAACAAUAAAGAAGUAUUUGGAUUCACGUCGACAGCCCAAGACAGAUCUGAGUUUCACUGCUUCUGACUCUCUCAAUGAGAAAGCAAAACUUCUAGAUGUGAGUGCCUCCCUUAAAGCUAGCUUCCUGGGUGGUUUGGUGGAAGUUGGAGGGUCGGCCAGGUACAUGCGUGAUAACAAAUCCUCGGCACGUCAGAGCCGGGUUUCUCUGAAGUACAGCCAGACAACAAAAUUUGAACAACUUACUAUGGACCAGCUGGGUAAUAUCACCUAUCCUCAGGUGUUUGAUGAUGGAGCUGCCACACACGUUGUUACUGCUGUACUGUAUGGAGCUCAGGCUUUCAUGGUGUUUGAUCUAACAGCCAAUGAGAAUGAGGAUAAAGAAGAAAUCGAGGGAAACCUAAAUGUAAUGGUCCAAAAUAUACCUUCACUUUCCAUUGCAGGAGAAGGAGCUAUAACCAUGAGUGAAACAGAAAGAAAAUUAGCUGAUACUAUCAACUGUACAUUUUAUGGUGACUAUGAACUUGAGCAGAACCCCACCACAUACAUGGAGGCCCUCCAGGUGUACAGGACACUUCCAUCUCUGCUGAGGAAUCGGGAGAAUGAUGCAGUACCAAUGAAAGUUUGGCUUUAUCCCCUUGCACGUUUGAGUAAAAAAGCAGCUACACUGGAGAGGGAAAUUCAUAAGACCCUGAUCAUUAAAACAGAAACUUUAUUGGAGGAACUGGGAAAUGCAGAGGCUCAAUGCAAUGACCUGAUUACAAACACAACAAUAAAUGAUUUCAAAGAUGUGAAACUCAGGCUGAAGACAUUUCAGGAACUGCUAGAUGUCUACAAGGUGAAGUUUCUAAAAGCGCUGCGUAGGCUCAUUCCUGCUAUUCGGUCUGGACAGGAGCAGGAGGCGGCACUAGCAAAAAUCAUAGCCAUCCAUCAGAAGUCUCCCUUUAGAGCUGAGAAGCUGAAUCAAUGGCUUGCGUACAGGCAGGGUGAAAUAAAUCUACUGAAUCUCUAUACUCAGCAACUGAAUGGUGUUCCUGUUGAACAAUACUCAGCCCUGAUGAACAAUAUUCUCUUUAAUCCCAAUGUUGAUACUGUAGUAUGCUUCUGCUUUACGUCUCUAAUGGAUGAAGACUCGUAUUUGUCAAUUCUAACUACAUUUCUGAAAGUGGAUGAGUUUGAAGAAUUGUCAGCUAUUCCAGUGUCAGCUGACCAAGACAUCAAGGUCUGGUUCCACAAUCCUGAAGUAAUUGGGAAUUUGAAAGAUAAGCUUUUUCUCUUCAAAGGAUUUUUCCAAGCUAAUAAAGAUGAGAGAAAACCCAAGUUUGUCAUUGUCUCAGUCUCCGACUCCUCGAAUCCUGGAAUCUCCAUCCGUCUUUACAAAAAAGGGAAAAUGAUUGACAGCGCAUUUCAACCUGUGUCCAAACCACCUACACCCAUGGUGGACAUUCAAGACCAAAAUAUAAUCCUGAAGCUGCAGAAGUCCCCAACUGGAUCGACAGUGCGGUUCAGGGUGGAAUACAGGAUAAUACAGGCCACUGGCUCAGAAGCUGUUGUGGAAAAAUGGGAAGUCAAAGAGACUCCAGAUGCUCAGGAGAACUUCACACUGACUGGACUUCACCUAAAAAAACAAUACAGGAUUCGGUACAGAGCAGUUAGUGAAUUUGGAAUGAGUGAAGCCAGUGACUCUGUCCUCUUCUCUGCUCAUGGAAAAUAUAAAUUAUCUUUCAGCCAGCGACUGAAUUGGCUACCUUAUGCUUUCAUUAAUGAGAUAAGACACAAAGUGAGGAGCAGCUUGGGCCCAUCACAGUGGAGUGCCUCAACCAUCAAGCCAGUGGUUAAAAAUCUAGUCAACAACCCUGGAAUUCCAUAUGAACUUGAAAUCUCACAAAUGAAAAGUAUUGGAACAGCUUUUCACAUCCAAGGGGUUGUUCCUGCAGAUUCAGACUCCUUUGACUUUAUAUUCAAGACUGGAAAGGGGAAGUAUGACUUUGUUUUUUCCCUGAAGAUAUACCCUGAGGUUCUUUCAUACAUGGAACUCCAAAGUAUUGGAAAUUGGCAUUCAUAUGCUAGGGGAUGUCCUCUACUCAAAGGAUCAGCAUUUGAUAUUUUCCUUGUCCUUGGAGAUGAAGGCUAUGUGGUAUAUUAUAAUGGCCUGAAAUAUUGCAUAUUUCGAGACAAAAUAAGAAUGGAAAGGGUGACUACACUGAACAUUGGUGGAAAUGUCAUUGUAAACAGCAUUGGUGUCGUUUCAAACUGGAGCAAAUCUGCCUUUGGUACCUACUCUGGUACCUCACGUUGGGAACUUUCGAAAAAAGAGUCAGAUGGGGCACAACCAGUCUGCCAACCUAACCAACCCUAUUUAGGCCAAAUCCCUGGAGGACUGAAAAUUGGACUGGCUUUUUUCUUCCAGGGGGUGGUUCCUUCAGAUGCCAGCGGAUUUGAAAUAAAUUACAAGACUGGUCCAAAUGAUGGUGAUGACAUUGCUUUCCAGUUCAGGCCUGAGCUACAUGCUGUACACUGUAACAGUUACAAGAAUAGAAAGUGGGGGGAUAAAGAGUCAGAAAAGGACGUGCUAUUUGGUAAAGGAGAAGUCUUUGAUAUAAUCAUGGUCAUUACACCAGAUUCCUAUGAGGUUGCUGUGAAUGGCAAUCUUUCCUAUAGAUUUGACCACCGUAUUCCAGUGGAGAAAGUGUCCACACUUCAAAUAUGUGGAGACGUCCUCAUGAACACCUGUGCUAUUAUUCAUGUGGACAAAUUUAAUCUGACAUGUGAUCUCUCUGCCCAUAUUUGAUAAACUGAGGACAUGUUCAUCUCCAGGAGUCUUGUUCAGAUCUUCAAGAUCAUUUUUUCUCUUGUUUGUAAUGUAACAUUUUGUUGUGCUCAAUUAUUGUAAUGGUUCCAAUGAUAGUCAUAAUUUGUCCUUUUCAAUUGAAUUACAUUGUUCACUCCCCUAGAACAUUCAGUAGCAGCAAAUGAACAAAGGUAGGAGACAGAAAAACAGAAAUAAAUUAAUGAAGUCUAUUUAAAAUAAUAGAUGUUUUAUCUGAAUAAUCGUGUGGUAUCUGAUUAGAAAUCUAUAUAUUUUUUCACCAUUACAUUUAAAGUUCUGCAAUGCUCAUCAAAUCUGUUUAUUUCCUUAAAAAUGAAAUUCAUUAUGUGGUCAAACGCUGAACAUUUGUAUAUUAUUAUUAUUAGACUUUAAAAAGAUCUUGGCUGACUUUGUAUUAAUAAAAGGUGAUUUAUAGCUUACAAGUGGGUAAUGAAGUUUUAAUAUAAAUGAUAAGACUGACCAUUUGUAAAAUAAAAUAACCCCAUCUUAUCAUAUCAUUAUCAUCAUAUUAUAAUAAAUUAAAUAAACCCAGUAGCAAAGAUUUGAUAUAUUUAACAUAUUUAAAAUAAUAUAUUUCUGUAUCAUUGCAGAACAUGUGAAGACAUUUGAAGACUCCUUGUACAAUUCAAAUCAAGAUUUAAUAACUAUAUAUUUGUAGCCCCAGAAAAAGCAAUUCAAAGAGGAACAGUGUUUUUUUUUGACAAUAGCAAUUAAUCCAAACUCAUUAUUAUUAAAAAUAAAAUAAACUAUC